AUGUUUGCCUUUAUUCACGCCUGGGUGAAAGCGAAUGGGCAUUUUGACAUCUCGCCUCGAGAGGCUUUAGCUGCACCGACCACAGAUGAAGGGACAUAUAUCCAAAGCAUUGUCAUUCUCACCUUCUCAGUUGUCUCAUUCAUUGCAGCAGGAUGGAUCGUUCUUAGUUUUGCAGUUUUCAGGUCACUACGCUCCUUCAGGCAUCAGCUUAUUUUGGGCCUCGCAAUUAGCGACUGUAUCAUGGCCAUCAACUUUCUUUCCUCCUCGUCACUGAAUGUGAGCGGCCAUUUAAUUGGAGCCUCCGAUAUGGAAGGCUUCUGUAGCUUCAACGGCUUCAUGACACAGGUCUUCGUCAUCCAAACGGAUUACUGGGUCCUAAUAAUUGCAAUCUGCACAUUUGUGAUCCUGGCCGAUCACAAACACAUAUCUGGCUGGGUUCAGGAGAACUGUCGGCUAUUAAUGGCAAUUCCGUGGGUGUUCUCAGUCAUCUGGGCAUCAAUCGGCCUAGGCGUCGCAGGCUACGGUGACAUCGGAGCUUGGUGCUGGUUCACCUCUGAUGAAGUCCGUCUUCUCGUGAACUUUGUUCCACGUUGGAUCAUCAUUGCAAUUAUGCUAGCCAUGUACACUCGUCUUUAUCUUGUGCUGUACCGAGCUCAUAGUCCGUUCUCGUCCUCUCACGAAUCUACUACAGAGGACCUGAGCCGGCCGUCGGGAAUAUGGGAUUCUGCGAACCCAAACAGCAAAAGGAUCAAGAAGAUGGCACGGCUCAUGCUCAUGUAUCCAGUGGCAUAUAUUUUUGUCUGGACAUUGCCAACGGGGAUCCGGAUUUACCAAGCUUCAAAAGGGACCGCCGCACCUUUUGCUUUACAGACAAUUGACAAGUCAUGUAUUGUGGUCCAAGGCUUCGUCGACGCCCUUAUUUAUGGUGUGACCGAACCGACGUUAUCUCAUUGGCGCAACUUGCUCUUUCCUAGGCCGAUGCCCACCACAGACGGUAUAAUUCUCACAUACGUUACGACAACGGGGCCAGUGCGUGUCACGGCAUCGCGGUUAAGCGAUGGCGAGUCUACUACUGGUUUGAAGACAAUAAUCACUGCUAAGGACAGUAGAAGAUCAUCGGAUCAUGUCUUUUAA